AUGGCUGGGCCGUGGCUGCUGCUUCUCCUGGCCCUUGGGUGUCCAGCUCUACCCACAGGUGUGGGCCACGCGCCCUUCCCAUCGCUGGCCCCGCCCAUCACACUGCUGGUGGAUGGGAAGCAGCAGACGCUGGUGGUCUGCCUGGUCCUGGAUGCCGCACCCCCCGACAUCACCAGCCCCAUCUGGUUCUCAGCGGGCAAUGGCAGUGCCCUGGAUGCCUUCACCUACGGCCCGUCCCUCGCCACAGAUGGCACCUGGACUAGUGUGGCCCAGCUUUCCCUAGCCUCAGAGGAGCUGGCAGCCUGGGAACCCUUGGUUUGCCACACGGGGCCUGGGGCUGGGGGCCACAGCCGGAGCACACCACCCCUACAGCUGUCAGGUGAAACUGCCCGGACCAGGAGCUGCCUUCAGGAGCCUGUUAGAGGGACGACGGCACAGGCCUUGUGGCUGGGGGCGCUGCGCCUGCUGCUCUUCAAACUGCUGCUGCUGGAUACACUCUUAACAUACGGCCGCUGGGCACCCCACUAGCCCCCCAAUCACUCCUCCUGCAGGUGCCACCCGGGCACCCAGUCCCAGGAUGCCAGCUGGAGUCACCCAGGGCUGCAGGAGGGCACGCUCCCAGCCAACACAGCCUGGGCCUGACGCUUGAGAUCUGCCCGUGUGGUCCCUCCCCAAAGCCUCCACCCUCAAAUUCACAGUCUCUUCCAUCACCCCAAUGCUCCUUCCAGGAUGUUGAUGUACUCCAGACCCUGGGGCAUCUCACAGGCAGAUACCUGAGCCUGAAUAAAUAAGAACUUAAGUGACUGCAAGACAAUGAGGAACAUUUAAACUCAUUUCUGUCUUGGAAAGAAGAAAUUGGGCAGAUUUCAACAAAGCAGAAAUCUGGAAAGGCUCCCUGGAGGAAGAGCUAUUGCCAGAGUGAGGGACUGGGAGGUGCAACCUUGGGCUGGGGGUUAGGGGAAUGCUGUCCCACCUCCCUCCUUUCCCCUGCCUGCACAGCCUGGCACUCACUGGGCAAGGCCCAAGGUCUGGGAGAAGACAGGGCAGGGAGCCCAGGUACCUGGAGGAAGGGCACCGGGCCUAGGGAGAAGUCUUGUAGAGACUCGACAUAAGUGAACGGGGCCAGCACUCCCAGGGGGAAACAGGAUCGUGUCCAAUGCUAAGAGCACCA